AUGGCGGGGGACCUUGUGGUUGGGAUGCUGUAUAACUUGUUACUACCCCUGCUCCUGCUCACUGCUUCAUCUUUCCGCUAUAAUGGUCUUUCACUGGUAUAUUUCCUGUUUUUGCUCAUCUUACCGCUGCUGCCGAACCCGAGUCUGGUCACCAUGAAAGGUCAAACUGGGCAGUUCCUGCGGCUGAUCAUCUACACGAGUUUGAUGUUCCUGACCCUGCAGUGCUUCUUGCAGAUCCCCUUCGCAUACAUUCCUCCACAAGUUAGUGGCUUCUGGGAUGGAUUUCUCUACCAUUUGGGAAUUGUAAGAUUUAGCUCGGUUGAUCCUGGGAAUAUUGUACGUCUCCUGCUCCCAGACGUGGGCCUCUUGGUGUCUACGUUGUUCAUACUGAGACUCUGCAGGAAACUGCUACGCCCCGUGCCUCAGGUCAACCUCCAUGAAAACGGAAUCCCACCCUCUGACCCUCAGGAUGUGGAAACCUCUGACACGGAGUCAGAGGAUGGAAGUGAAAUCGAGGGUUCAUCCUUUGACAGCUCAGAAGAGACUACUACCCUGCCGGUACAGUCGGGUCCACCACAAUUUGUCCAGAAGCUCAUAGUGUUUGCAGCUGGACUGAGGCUGCUGCUGUCAGCUAUCAUGAACACAGCAGGGAAGGUGGUGGUGACUCUGCUGCUGGGGUUGGCAGGUAUCAUACUGCCCUCCCUUACCUCAGGAGUGUACUUCGGGGUGUUCCUGGGGCUGGUGUGGUGGUGGGUGUUUGGCCGCUCCAUCAGCAUGCUGCUCUUCAGCUCCCUGUGUGUGAUGAUGGCCAUUUUCAGCGGAGGACACCUGCUGGUUCUGUAUCUCUAUCAGCUGCCACUUUCCCAGGAGCUUAUACCACCAGAAGAUGUUUAUCCCAGAUUGUUUGGUAUGAUAGGAGUCAUCAGAUCCGACACUUCAAACCUGCACUCUCUUAGCGUGCACACAAACAUCAGCUGGCCAGACUUCCUCAACCCGUUGGUUCUUCUACUCCUCUACUACACACUAGUGGCUUUGCUGCACAAAUGGGUUCAUGUCACAGAGAAGGAUGAAGCAGAUGAGGGUGAGAGUCCAGUAGAAAGUCCAGACGCUCCUCCAAGCUUCUCCAGGGUCAUCUACAUCUCAGGAGAUAAGCAAGAGCCAAUGAUUUUGAUCAAAGGAAACUCCUGGCAAGAUCUCCACACUGACAGUCUUGGAUGUCCAUUAGGAGAGGCAGAUUACACAAACGGUUACCCUCUGCCACAUUAUGAGGGCAAGGACUCACUGUCUCAUGACACAGAAAGCGAGGAAGAUGUGGAGGAGCAGACUGAGGAGGUCCAUGAGAGUCUGACAGAGACCUUGCCUCCACCUUCAGGCCCAAGUGGUCUGGUCAUUUUUGGUCAGCAGGUGCAAAAGCACAGCUACGUCAGCGGCCUUAUCAUCAUGAUGAUUUGGAGUAUCACCUACAACAACUGGCUGACUUUCGCCAUGCUUGUGUGGUCCUGUAUAAUUUGGAUGAUGAGAGACAGAAGGCGGUAUGCCAUGAUGUCCGCCCCUUUCCUCGCCAUCUAUGGCACCGUGCUGGUGGUGCUGGGCUUCUUGAGCGGGCUCCGGCUGAGCCGGGCCGAGUUGUACCCGGGUCUGCCCCCGGCGGUCAUAGUGGACUUUGACCUGAACAGCUAUCACCCUGCACCCUGUGUCCACCUGGGAGCAAAGGUCUUCUACACCUUCAGCUUUUGGUUGAUGUUUCGUCAGCAGCUGAAAGAGAGACAGGAGGGGCAGAGCAUGAAGGCAGAAUCUCUGGAUGAAGUCAAAGUCGUGCCACCGGAGGAAAAUCAGCCAUCUCCUCUGGUAGCGAAACUGAUCUCAGGUGUAAAGGGGUUUCUGGUGAAGUACUGGAUCCUCUUCUGCUGCUCUAUGUUCUUUGUGGUCAGCUUCUCUGGAAAGGUGGUCGUAUACAAAAUCCUCUACAUUGUCCUCUUCCUCUUCUGUGUUGUUCUCUACCAGAUCCGUUAUGAUGUGUGGCGUCGACUCCUGAAGACGUUCUGGGCAGUGGUUGUUGGUUACUCCAUGGUGGUGUUGAUAGCUAUCUAUAUGUACCAGUUCAGAAGCGUGUCUGGGCUAUUCAGACAAAUCAUGGGGAUGUCAGAGGAAGGUCUUCGUGACCUGGGUCUGGAACGGUACGACACGGUGGAGCUGUUUGCACGCAUUCUGCUUCCUGCUACGUUCCUUUUGGCUUGUAUCCUCCAGCUUCAUUAUUUUAACUUUGACUUUCUGACUCUCACUGACCUGGACAACGUACCUGUCAGAGAGACUUCAAGGCUUGUGAAGGAGCAGAUGGGAAAUGGUAAAAGUCAGGAGACUCUGGCCAGCAUUGGACAGCAAAGCUCCUCAGAAAAAGGGGCAGAAGAGCAGGAGGAGGAGACAGGAGAAGAAACAGUGCACAGCAGCAGUGAGGACAAGUGGAUUGUGAUUGUGGAUCGGGCGAGCCUGCUGCUCAUCCAGGGUCUGUCGGGGUUUCGAAGGCUCCAGGAGCUGAGCUGGAGGCUGAUGGAGCUCCACAGCCUCAAAAUUGUGUCGUCUGGCAUCAUCUGGGUAUCGCUGCAAGAGGUUUCACUGAUGAACUUGCUUUUCCUGGUUCUGUGGGCAUUUGCACUCCCGUUCCCACGGUUACGACCUUUAGCAUCAAACAUCUCUGCUGUGUGGGCAUGCGUCAUGGUGGUGUGCAAGAUGUUUUACCAGCUCAAAGUCAUCAAACCUCUUGAUUACUCCUCUAACUGCACUGCUGUGACAGAGCUGAAGGGAAACAUGGUGGAGUUGCUGAGGAGGUCUAUUCUCUACAUCGAGCCCGUUGACCCCGUCUACUGGUGUGGAGCACUGCGCAAGUGUGAGGGCAGGAUCCUCCCCUGUCUCAGGAACCAUCUGAUGGUCCUGGGUCUGCUGGUGUUCGAGUCUACUGUCCACCGCCACCAGCUCUACUUUCGUCUCAAUAACAGCCUGAAGCCUCCACCGUUCAGCAUUAUCUUCCAAGGCAUCACCAGGCAGCACCUGGAUCAUGGCAUCCUGCCAUGCAUCAAGUACUUCAUCAACUUCUUUUUCUACAAAUUUGGACUCGAGAUCAGUUUAAUCGUUGCAGUCAAUGUGAUUGGUCAGAGGAUGGAUUUCUACGCCCUGCUCCAUUCCUGCGCCUUGCUAGCUGUCCUGUCUCGGCGACGCAGGAAGGCGAUUGGUGAAGUGUGGUCUAAAUACUGCAUGUUUACAGCGGGCCUCAUGGUGCUGCAGUAUCUGCUCUGCAUCGGCAUCCCUCCUGCUUUCUGUGUUGAUUACCCCUGGAGAACAGCUGUUCACCCUUUGUCUUCUAAUGUGAUUAAGUGGUUUUACAUGCCGGACUUUGCCAUGAGACCCAAUCCUUUAUUCAUAUUCUAUGACUACCUCCUGCUGCUCUGCUCGUCUCUGCAGUGGCACGUAUUUGAGGAGGAGAACCGAGCUGCAGUGCGACUGCUGGCCGGGGACAAUGUCGAGAUCAGCCGCAGUUUGGAUCCUUGCUCCUUCAACCAGUUCAUACCUGUUGACAACUUUCUUCACUGCAGGUGCUAUCUUGAUAUGGUGAAGGUGUUUGUUUUCAGUUACUUCUUUUGGCUGGUGCUUUGUCUCAUUUUCAUUACUGGCACAACACGCAUCAACAUCUUCUGUCUCGGCUACCUGGUGGCCUGUUUCUACUUUAUGCUGUUUGGAGGCAGUGUGCUGAUGCAGCCAGUCAGAUACAUCCUGCGGCUGUGGGACUGGCUCAUUGGGUACACCUGCUUUGUGAUCGCCAUGAAGAACCUGGUGUCUCUGGGUUCUUGUGCCUACCUGGACAGCCUGGUGAAGAACAGCUGCUGGCUAAUUCAGGCAUUUAGCAUGUUUUGCACCAUCAAAGGUUAUGAUGUCCCUGAUCCCGAUGAUGAAUGUGAGCUGCCUGCAGGUGAAGCCGGCAUCGUCUGGGAUGCGAUCUGUUUCACUGUCCUCUUGGCACAAAGGAGGGUCUUCCUCAGCUACUACUUCCUCUAUGUGGUGUCUGACCUCAAGUCUUCUAAGAUAUUAGCCUCUAGGGGCGCUGAAUUGUUUGAGGCCAGAGUGAAAAAACAGGUAGCAGCCCGACUGGAGAUGGAGAAGAAAUCAGUGGAGGCUCUGAAGAAACAGAUGGAGAAGAUCAAAUCUAAACAGAAGAGUCGACCUGCACCAUCAGAAGAACCUCUUGCUGAUCAGGAGCAGGUGACACCUGGUGAUGACGAGAAGGCAAAGAGAGAUGCAGGAAAAUGGUGGAAGCCCUGGGUCUCUCAGCCUGGAGUGGAAAACAAUUGUGGCUACCACCUGUUUGAGAGUGACAGUGAGGAGGAGGAAGAGGAAGUUCCUGAGAAGACAGAGGAAGAGCAACUACCAAAGAAGAAAUCUGCUUUUCAGUUUGAUGAUGGCUCUUGUUCUCCAGGCAUUGAUAAAGCAGAAUCCAGUGAGGACGAACCAGAUGAAAGUGUUGUGGAGGAGGAGGGAGAGGAGAAAAAAGAAAACAUCCUGCAGCGCAUCAUCAGCACGAUAAAGUUCAGCUGGGUGUUCCUUCAGUCUCUUCUUGAUGACCUGACGGAGGGAUUGAACUCAUUUUGUAAAGACAACCUGGGCAUUUCCAAAGUGCUGCGCUUCGAGCGAGCGUUACUCAACCAGCAGCAAAAGAAGGGUAAAGAGGUGAGUCAGGAGAGUGUGAAGCAGUUUUAUGAAAACUGGAAGUCCCGUCAGAACACACUGUCGUCUCAGGACAAUCUAGAUAAAUCCCUGUCAGCUCCCGGCUCUCCACCUGCCAGCCCUUCUUCACAACACGCGUACAAGAAGCUGAAGAACCAAGCCUCCAAAAUUUCCUGGGGCAGCAGUGUUUCCAGCUGCAUGACAGACGAGACGAUGCUGGUGUCCCGGCAGCCAACGCAGGAGGAGCUGGAUGAGCCUCCUGCUGUGUCACCUGCUGCUGACCAGCUCAGACGAAGGCUCUUUAAAGAGGCCAAUAUUGAUAUGACAUCUUUUGACACUGAGGAACUUUCACCCAGGGAUAGCGAUGGAGAGAAGAGUCUUGACCUCACAGAGUCUCCCAGACCUCUGAGUCAAGAAACGAGGAACCUCACUGCCAGUGAGCUGCUACUCAACAACAUGUUUGAAAAUGAUGAGAUCUCCGAGUCCGACAAGUUUUUUGUGACCUUGCCGAGGCCGCUGAAGCUGCUGUUUGCCCUCUAUAACACCAUGGUGUCCAAGUCAGAGAUGCUAUGCUACUUUGUGAUCAUCCUAAACCACAUUGUGUCAGCUUCGCUCCUCUCCCUCAUCCUGCCGAUUCUCAUAUUCCUCUGGGCCAUGCUGUCUGUGCCUCGGCCGACCAAACGCUUCUGGAUGACAGCCAUCAUUUACACCGAACUGACUGUUGUGGUGAAGUACUUUUUCCAGUUUGGUUUCUUCCCCUGGACCACCUCUGCCUACCGAGGCAUCAACGCUGACCGGCCCUUCGCCCUGCCCAACAUCAUUGGGGUGGAGAAGAAGGACGGCUAUGUCCUCUUCGACCUAAUUCAGCUGCUCGCGCUGUUCUUCCACCGAUCUAUCCUAAAGUGCCAUGGGCUGUGGGACAACAAGGAGGUUGAGAUGCCCGAUUUCUUCAAGAAGCUGAAGAAGAAAGUGGACAAGAAGAAGACCGGAGCAGAGAAGAUGGGCAGCAGGGAGCAACCACCACGCCGUCUGAGGUUCCUCCCCCUCCAGGCGUCCACCACCUCCUUAUUCUGUAGACUGAAAAAAGGCGAAUCUGCAGAAUCUGGUGAGAUGAAGCCCAAAAAGCAGCAAAGCAAGAAAAAGAGACGGGAACGACAUAAGGCUCCGCUGACAAGGAAGCAGAGGAUCAGACAGCAGAUCAGAGAGAGGAUGCUACAAGCCAAAGCUGCCGCCAUAGAAGUCGGCCUUCACAUCUACUUACCUAUAAGGCAGUUUUUCUAUGACAUCAUUCACCCAGAUUACAGCCCUGUGUGUGACGUCUACGCCCUCAUGUUUCUCAUUGAUGUCGUCAACUUCAUUGUCACCAUAUACGGAUACUGGGCUUUUGGGAAAUACUCUGCAGCGGCUGACAUCACAGAAUCACUGUCAGAAGACCAGGUUCCAGAGGCCUUUCUGGUCAUGCUACUGAUCCAGUUUGGUACCAUGAUAGUGGACCGAGCCCUUUACUUGAAGAAGUCUCUGCUGGGAAAGUGCGUUUUCCAGGUGGUGCUGGUGUUUGGCAUACACUUCUGGAUGUUCUUCAUUCUCCCUGGUGUCACAGAGAGGAGGUUCAACAGAAACCCAGUUGCUCAGCUGUGGUACUUUGUAAAGUGUAUCUACUUCGGCCUGUCUGCGUACCAGAUCAAGUGUGGCUACCCAAACCGCAUCCUGGGCAACUUCCUCACCAAGAACUACAACUACCUGAACCUCUUCCUCUUUCAGGGUUUUCGGAUGGUUCCCUUCCUGACAGAGCUGAGGGCGGUGAUGGAUUGGGUUUGGACCGACACCACGCUGUCUCUCUCCAGUUGGAUUUGCGUUGAAGACAUCUACGCUAACAUAUUCGUCCUCAAGUGCUGGAGGGAGUCUGAGAAAAAAUUCCCCCACCCUCCGGGGCAGAAGAAGAAGAAGGUGGUGAAAUAUGGAAUGGGAGGUUUCAUCAUCUUUGCUCUCAUCAGCAUCAUCUGGUUCCCACUGCUCUUCAUGUCACUGGUCCAGUCAGCAGCCGGAGUGACCAAUCAGCCUUUAGACGUCUCCAUCCAGCUCAGCAUCGCAGGAUACGAGCCUUUGUUCACUAUGAGCGCCCAGGAGCAGAACUUGGUGCCUUACACAGAAGCCAAAUUCAACAGGCUCACCAAAGUUUAUGCGACUCAUCCAUCUGCCAUGCAGUUCAUCAUGAACUAUGAAGCUGAGGACAUUCUCGUUGCUAAGAUCAAGAGCGAUGCCAGUUUACUGUGGACCAUCAGCCCAGCCAGUCGAACGGCCAUGAUCCAGGAGCUCAGCAACUCGUCUCACAUAUACAUGACCUUACGCUGGACACUGCUCAGGAAUGCGUCCAUAUCAAUGAAUGCAGAGACCGUGGGAGAGCACACUGUGAAGUUUGACGACAAAACCUUGAGGGAAGGGAUUGUGCGAAUGCUUAAAGGCAACAGCAGCAGACCUGUGAUUAUUGAUUCUCUGCUGCCUAAAUUCAUCAGGGGUCCCAAAGGACCUGAGUCCAAAAUGGGAACCAGGAUGAAAGUAGACUUGACAGACCGUCCAGACCGUCCAGACCUUCAGGCGCUGGCUUUCUUCAGGCCCAUGUCAAUCCAGCUUCAGCAGGUCAAUGGGACGUCAAAGAAGGAGGCAGAUCAGUGGUGGGUGGUGGAAGAGUGCUCCCCAGUUGUCACGUCCUCCGAGCACAAAUGUCAAAGCAUCGAGUUAGUGGUGUUCAGCGAUAAAGUCAGCCCCUCCAGUCUGGGGUUUUUGGCCGGACACGGCAUCGUGGGUCUUUACAUGUCAGUGGUGCUAGUCAUCGGAAAGUUUGUCAGGGAAUUCUUCAAUGGGAUAUCCAGGUCCAUCAUGUUUGAGGAGCUACCAUGUGUCGACAGAGUCCUGAAGCUUUGCACAGACAUUUUUGUGGUUCGUGAGACGGGAGAGAUGGAGCUAGAAGAGACACUGUUUGAGAAACUCAUCUUCCUCUAUCGAUCACCAGAGACCAUGAUCAAGAUGACCAGAGAGAAGAAAGACAGCUAGGGCUCAGUGGCUUGUCAGAAUGCCCAUGCUUUACUCUUGUAACUUAUGAAGGAUGAUUUCAAGUAAAUAAAAAGAAAAGUA